AUGACAAAAGCAUCGGAAGUUCCUAUCCAAUUCCCAACUCGACCGUCACAUUCCUGUCAUCCACUCUGUCCAGACACUCUGAUCAUCGUUCUGCUUUGCCUAUUAUUCCUCUUUAUUAUCUUCAUACCUCCUUUCAUAUGUGCCAGUGUGACAAGAAGGCUACGUCGACAGAGCUAUCACGAUCGCCCGCUUAUUGAUAAAGGAUACGAUAGUGAGAUGAUACGCUCAGGAAAUACAGAAUGUACACAAGCUAGUGGUGAGAAGACAUCAGGAUUCACAGCACAAAGAAGUAUAGGAAUUCAACUAAGCGUGCAGAGCACACCGAGGUGCGCCCGAGCUUUCCUUCCCACAGACUCACCUACACCUCAUGGAACGUCAGUAUCCACGGCAGAUGAGCUUGAAUACGAUUAUUACGAUGGUACAACCAUACCUGGUUCACUUCUGGCUCCUGUCAACGAUUUUUUAAUGUGUGAAAUCGAAAUUGAUCAAAUCAUAGCCCAAUCCUCAUUGUAUUCAAAACCGGUCGACACUCAUGAUGUAUACACUCAGGUUUAG